CACAAUCAAGUCCUUUCAAAAAUAUUCUCCCUCCCUUAACCGUCUUUGAAAAUGGAAGAGAAGGAUAGCGCUGCAUCUGGCUCGUUUUCUCUAUCGGAUAAUGAUUCUCCACCGCCUGCUUUGAGUGUUCCAUUCAUCGGUUCUGUUACUCCGAUCGUUAAUCCCGAUGUUAUUGUAAACACCGGAUUGAACAUGUCUGUAACCGCCGGGAACGGUGGUGGAACCGAAACUGGAACUGAAACUGGAACCGGAACUGAAACCGGAACUGGAAUCGGAACAGGAACGGGAACUGGAACAGUCGAUUCGAGUAUGAAGAAGAAGAGAGGUCGUCCGAGGAAGUAUGAUGCGGAUGGAAAUUUGAGAGUUCCGUAUGUAUCGCCAUCGCCUCCUGGAUUUACUUUGACAUCGACGAAGUCUGAGUAUUCUUCUUCGAAGAGAGGUCGUGGAAGGCCAUCUCCUUCUGGUAACUGGCAAUUGCUUGCUUCUUUAGGUGAGAUGUUCACUAACACAGCCGGAGGAGAUUUUACUCCGCAUGUGGUGACUGUUUACACAGGGGAGGAUAUAGCAUCAAAGAUCAUUUCAUUCUCACAAAAGGGUCCUCGGGGAAUUUGUGUGCUUUCUGCAAAUGGAGCUGUUUCUAAUGUCACCAUUAGGCAAGCAGGUUCCUCCGGUGGUAUUUUGACAUAUGAGGGGCGGUUUGAGAUAAUAUCACUUACUGGGUCAUUCACAGUCUCUGAUAAAGAUGGUAUGAGAAGUAGGACUGGUGGGUUAAGUGUUUCAUUGGCAGGUCCUGAUGGCCGUGUGAUAGGUGGAGGUGUUGCUGGCUUAUUAAUGGCUGCCAGUCCUAUACAAAUUGUUGUGGGAAGCUUUAUGCCUAAUGGUUAUGGAAAGGCACUGAAAAAGAAACACCUAGCUGAACAAAGAGUAGCUAAAACUGAGCCUAAAACUGAGCCUAAAAUGGAGAUGGAUCAUGAAACUGUGACGCCUGCCACUCCCAUCUCACAAGCGGUUCCUGUUGCUGGUGCUGGUGCUGGUAAUAAUAGUAACAACAUAUUCUCGGCUCCUCCUGCAUCCACCAACCAUUUCAUAGUGCAAAGUGGAAUUAGCAGCAGCCAUGGAGAUGCGGAAAACCACCACCGCCCAAAUGGGGUUCAGAAUCUCAACACUGUCUCGCCUUCUUCGCCGGAUUGGAACAACAACUCCAGUAGUAGGCCUUCUCCCGACAUCAAUUUAUCUGUUCAAGUUGAACUUAACUGAAUUGAACUGAACUGAACUGGAAGUAGGUGUUCAUUGUCUAUCUAUCUUAUCUAUUACUAUUAGUGUCAUCUUUCCUAGAUUUAGGCAUUGACCAUGAGAAGAACUAAUUAGGAGGCACAUGUUUACUUUUCAAAGAAUGUUUUUUCUUUAACUUUCUUUUAAAUGGUUUAUUUAGUUGGACUUAUCUUU